AAUAUUUCGCAAACAACUUUCAACCAACAUCAAUAGACUCAUUCCGACAACACUUUGCCGCUUCCAAGUUCGCCACUUAAUCACGGUCCCGCAUCUGAGCACUCCUCGAGCAUUGUCAGACAUGGCACUGGAAGUCGCCGAUCUCGUAGCUCCAGUGACACCGUCCCCCAGCGAUGCGCGGGCUCUGGAGAAGCUUGCCAAAGUAAGAGCUCAGGAGCUCCUCCCUCAGCUCACUCUUGAAGAAAAAGUCCAUCUCCUAGGUGGCCUUGAUUUUGGUCGCACAUCUGGAGUGCCUCGCCUAGGCCUGCCUUGUCUGAAGACUUCGGACGGGCCCAAUGGCAUUAGGGGUGGCAAUGUCGGGCUCGACAUUCUUCUGGGCUUCCCGUUCAACCUCAGCAAUCAGCCUGUCAUUGGCUCAGCAUUGUACCCAUGCACCACCGCGCUAGCAGCAUCAUGGAGCCGCGAGACAGCGGAGGUGAUGGGAGAAGGCAUUGGAAAGGACGGCUGGAGCAAGAACGUCCACCUUGCCUUGGCUCCCACGAUCAACAUGGUGCGAGAUCCUCGCAACGGUCGUGGGUUUGAGUGCCUGUCAGAGGAUCCUCUUCUCACUGCAGAGAUGGCAUCCCGUUGGACAAGUGGCUGCCAAGACAAGUCGGGUGUGCUCGUUACCCUCAAGCACUUUGUGGCCAACGAAUGCGAAACCGCUCGCCAAUCCAGCAAUGUCUUGUGUGAGCCCGCAGCCCUCCGCGAAGUCUGCAUGCGCCCGUUCGAGCUCGUCAUCCGGGACCUCAAGAAGCGAGGCAAGCUCUCACCAGCCUCGAUCAUGAUGGCUUACAAUUCUGUGGAUGGCGAACCAUGCUCAUCGAAUGAAUUCCUGCUGAAGCAAGUCUUACGCAAGGAAUGGAAAUGGGAGGGUGCCACCAUGAGCGACUGGUUCGGAACAUACAAAGGUGUCGAGUCACUGAAUCGCGGCCUUGACCUAGAAAUGCCCGGCGGCCCUGUCCACCGUCGCUUUGACAAUGUCAAGAAGCAGCUCGCUUCCGGUGAUCUCACGGAAGAGACCAUCGACGAGCGUGCCACCAAGAUACUCGAAAUGAUCAGUCUCGCCAAGCUGGUGUGCAAAGGCUCCAAACUCUUCGUUGAAGACGAUUUGACGCAAGACAAGGACGCCCGCUCCCCUGAAGACGUACAACGCGACGCCGAAAUUCGAAAGAUUGGUGCAGAAGGUUGCGUGCUUCUCAAAAACCAGGAGCGACUGCUGCCUAUCGAUCAGAAGCAGGUGAAGAAGAUCGUCCUAAUCGGAGAGCCGGCGAAGUAUCCGCUUAGUGCCGGAGGCGGUUCGGCAAGCAUGCCAGCAUACAAGUAUAUCUCUGCGUUGGAAGCUUUCAAGAAUGCCCUCCCUGACGUUGCCAUCGAGUGGCAUCAGGGCUGCAAGCUCAGCGCACAUCUUGGUGCUCCAUCGACGGAGCAGUUGGGAGGCAAGGCUCUGUCCUUUACUUGGCACAGAUACGAGGUUGCCACCGGUGCCAUCGAGCCAAAAGCUUUCUUCACAAGCAAGCAUGAGAUUCCACAGCUGCAUGGCUUCCUGGGCGGGUACCAGCCAGAUACGGAUUUCGUGGCCAUCCGAGGCAGCUUCGAUAUCACUCCAUCCACCAGCGGCGAUCAUCAAAUCUCGCUCGAAUGCUUUGGCACCUGCAAUGUCACGGUCUCAGAUGCUUCCGGAUCGCUGGCAAAGUGGAAGCAGCAGGGAGAGAUCGAUGUGCCUACCUUCAUGUUCAAUCCCGCCAAGCUGCGCGAGAAGCAUACAUUGUCAAUGACUGCUGGACAGGCCGCCACAGUCACAUUUGAAUACCGCACCCCGGCCUCAGUCUCUGGCCACCUGCCGCUGAAGAAGCAAGCCUUCCGAUUCGGCUUCGCAGAGGCCGUCGACACCGAUGCUGUCAUCCAGGAGGCUGUCAAGGCUGCUGCCGAGGCAGAUGUCGCCAUCGUCUUUACCGGCACUGGUCCUGAGUACGAGUCAGAAGGGAACGACAGGCAGGACAUUGUACUCCCAGCGCGUCAGAAUGACCUUGUGUCGGCUGUCGGCAAGGGAGCUCCAGGACGUACAGUGGUUGUCAAUGCUUCUGGCACAGCGGUCGCCAUGCCCUGGGCAGAUGAAAAAGGCAUCGGCUCGAUCGUCCAAGCCUGGUUCGGCGGAGAAGAGUCUGGCAACGCGAUUGCUGACGUUCUUCUCGGCAAGUGCGAGCCAGGAGGAAGGAUGCCAAUGACGUUCCCAAAGAAGAUUCAGGAUCAUCCGUCUUUCGGCAAUUUCCCCACUUCGGAGCACGUGGACAAGGAGAAGCAUGGACAAGCCCCAGUAGAGUACAAGGAGGGAACCCUCUACGGACACAGAUGGUUCGAGGAGAAGAAGAUCCAACCCCUCUUCUGGUUCGGACAAGGACUGAGCUACACUACCUUUGACACAAAGAUCGCAUCUCAGUCGGGCGAGCUGACAAGUGAAGCAACAUCCGCGGUCACUCUCAAGGUUGCAGUCUCCAACACCGGCUCCCGCAGCGGCAAGCACGUCGUGCAGGUCUACAACGUGGGAACGUCUACACAAGCCGAACCGCGCCGAUUGGUGGCCUUUGCUGACGUUUCGGACGUACCAGCUGGAGAGACAAAGGUAGUGACCCUGGACAUCGACCGUCAAGCCCUAGCUAGAUGGCAAGUCACUGAGGCGCAAUGGAACGCUGCAAGUGGCACACAUAAGUUCGUCGUAGCUCACUCUUCGGACCCCGCCGACGCUCACGUGAUUCCCUUCGAGAUUGAAGUCAAGGAUACCAUCACAUGGCUGUAGACUUGGACACAGUACUUCAACGGAACUCCUCAUCGUGUCAUUGUUAGAUUAAUUACAUUGCCUGUUCGUUUGCUUUCCAUGUGACAUAAGAUUGUAAAGAAAAUGCCAGUCACACAUCUCUAUCCUUUUCCUUCACAGCCCUGC